GAUUCACUCAUCUCACCACCGAUGCCUCUCUUUCCAACAUAAAUGCGCCACCUGGUCUAGCGGAUUGCUGCGUUCAACGCGAUCGCUGACCGCGAAAAUACCAUUCUUCGCAUCGUUCGUUGCGCAGUCGAAAUGGCGCAAAUUAUCUACGAGGGUGUCGCUAGUGGAGGGGAUCUUUUCAAAGGCAUGAAGUUUUAUGUGGUACAGCGGGUGCCUUCGCGGAAUCACUGGCUUGCGCUCAUCGAGGUAAGGAACUGUUGCUGCUAUUCAUCUUCACACCAUAUACUUACAAGGAACAGUCGAAUGGUGGAGAAGUUACCAAGACCGACAAAAACAUAACCUACGUAAUAGCGGACCAUAUGAGAAAAGAUGCGCCUGAGGGAUCUGUUUCAUGGGCCUGGAUUGAAAAAUCAGUGAAGAACGGGCGCUUGGAGAACAUUGAAGGGCAUCGUGCUGGACCCCAAAAAAGAGCCGUUCGAGAAGUUGCGUCAGGGCAGCCAAUAAGAGCAGGAAGGGUUCCAUUUACUGCAGAAGACGACAGUUUUCUCAUGAGUUGGGGUUUGAAGGCUGAGCGUAAAGGCCUGUCUUUGAGAGGAAACGAUAUCUAUAAACAGUUAGAGAAAGUGGUAUGUCAAAAUUGGACAAGAAUCUUGGACACAAAAUACUAAACCUCGAAACAAGAACAACAGGCAUACUUGGCAGUCGUGGAGAGAUCGAUGGAUAAAACAUGUUUCUCUACUACCAAGACAACUAGAGGUGUCUGACGAUGAUGAUGGGCCCGUUCCUCCCCCCACCAGGUAUGACAGACACCGAUCUUCUCAAUCGCCUCCUGCAAGUCGAAAACUCCCAGAGAAAGCUCUACCGAGAUCUCGUGCUGCAGAAAAGUCGAAUCCAGCAAGAAAAGCUCGGAGCCCAUCAGAAAUAGAUUCUGAUGACGGACGUGAGACUUCAUACUCUUCCAAAAUGACUUCCAGCCGUCGUUCUGCUCCGGAACCAGUCUCAAAGGCACCACAGUCUCUGUCAAUAGCUCCUACAGCUGGUAAACCGAAAUUCCGAACGCUCAAGUCUGUAUCACCCCCAAACUCCCCUGGAUCGACUGAAGCAAAUCCAUUUACAAACAAAGAGAAAAAUCGCUGUCUUAAGGAAUACGACCACAUCAUGAAUUUAGACGAAAGGGAAGAAAUUGAUGCAUGGAAUACCUGGGCCCGGUUAGUGAGUACUCGGAUACCAUUCUGAAAGUGGUAUAAUGUGCUGAGAAUGUUGACAGUAUCCCAAACACACUGCUCAAGAAUGGCGUAACUUUUUCGAAGACCAUAUCAUUCCACUGAAAGAGGCAGAGAAAUUGGCAGUAGGCGAGGGAGAAGUGCAGAAAGAAAAAAAAGGCGAGCGCGGCCUACUUCAGCACCCGAAAGCGCCUCGAAUUCCUGCUUCCCCCGGUCUGGCUUCUCCAAGUUUAGGACCUAUAGACGUUAUGGAAAUCGAGGGUUCCCAAGGAGCAUCUGGUGAAACCCCGGACUCUGAGGACCACCCACGCUCAAUUGACGACCUCACUGUACCCAACGAGGAAGUCUUUAAACAAAUCUCGAAGGUUUCCUUAGAAGAAGAUGAGGUGUAUAACCACACAAUCAAUGGCCGAGACUUCUCACUAUAUCAGUUGUGGCAAGUCGUCUGCAGAUAUAACGGCUAUAAACAUGUCACUAAUAGUAAAUCUUGGAACAAAGUCGCUGCGGAUCUCAAAUUUGAUAUAUCUCAACAUCGAACUGCUCCGGUCGAUCUUCGCGAAUGCUAUGAAAAGAAACUAUUGGAUUUGGAGCUUCACUUGAGAGAAGCAUCUUAUCAAACGCUUCAAGACAUAAGCCCAUCGAAAACGCAACGCCCUGAAUUAUUGAAAAGCCCGGAGAUACAGUAUAAUCCAGAAGAUGGCCCUGAUACUGAGGAUUACAAUGACGAUCUUGAUUAUGCUCCAUCAACGGCGAACCAACGGCCAGACCUGAUUUCUAACAAGCGCAGAUCCGAUGAUAGUUCUUCGGAUAAUCGCCACCCUCACAACAAGAAGCGAAGGACUGAGAACGGCAGAAACGAACUCAAAAAGGUUCCAUCUACCCCCGAAGACAUUAUCAAUGGUACUCGUACCACGCGGCACCCCGAAACACCAUCCCCUUUGAAGCAUAAGGCAGAUAUUGAGAGGUACUCUGAUCAAGUAGAAGAUGAAGAGGAGGAUGACUUUGACAGAACCGCUGUGGAACCUAUUUCCUCUGUCCUCCCGCGGAAGAUGCAACGAUUUGAACCAGAGACGCAGGAUUUCCAAUUUACACAACCCGGGGAGGUUGACAAAAGCUCUUUGGUUACCACAUCGCCUGAGCGAAGUAAAGCAGUUCAGAUGAAUACCAGUUCAAGUGAGGCCAUAGAAGAAGGUUCCGAUUCGGAUGAUAGCUCGACAGACUCCCUCACCGAAUCACAAAAGGCCAUUGAAUUGGAAAACUUUGUGGAUCGUUGGGUCAGCUUGGGGUACAACUUCGAUCUGGUUAUUGAAGCACUGCAAGCUACUUGCGGGUUACAGGAAAAGGGGCCACAUGAAAUGUUUGAGGUUGUGAUAGAGGAUUUGACUGAGGGACGUGGGAUCCCAGAAAAUAUCAGGGGCGUAUGGACACCUCUUGAUGACGAGAUAUUGGAAGCUGGGAGUAAGGACAGGCGCUAUUCAAGGCUGGUGGUGAAGCAUGGAAGUAGUGGGGUAAUCGGCCGGAACAAGUUUUUGGCAGAUGCCAAAGAAAGCGAAUUGUAAAUAAUGCACAAACAAACUUAGCGAGUAUUAUGAAAACACUUGUUACCAUCGAUCCCUU